AUGUCUUUAGCUAUGAAUUUUUUAUCAUCAUUCACAAUUUUUACCUUAUUUGUUUCAUUUGUUAUUUCUAAGUCACUAGAAUUUAGUGACAAAAAUUUAAUUUAUUCUUCAAAUGUAAAGAAAGUUUUAACACCAGUUAUUUUAAAUGAUGAAAAUAAUCAUAUCUUAAAAAAAAGACAAGAGACUUACGAUAAUAAAAACGGAAUACAAGUUAAUGGUGAUAUUGAAGGUUCAAAUGGUACAUUCAAUCAAAUACAAAAUGAUAUAAAAGAAAGUCAUACAAUAUUAGAAAAAAGUUUAUUACUUUUUCAACAAAAAUAUCGACAAACUUUACAAAAUAUUCAAAUACAAAUAUCAAAUUUAGCUACAGAAUUUGUUUACUUAGAAAAAAAGAUAGAAUCAAGAAAAUUAAAACAAUCUACAACACCAUGUCCUCCUAUUCCUAAAUGUCCAUCAACAACCCCAAUUUUAGUAACUUCGCCAACAACAUCAAUAACAAUUAAACCAUCAACAAAGUCAACUACAUGGUUUACAUCGACAAGACCAACCACAACGCAGUCAACAACAACAACAACAAGACCAAACACAACACAGUCAACAACAACAACAACAACCACAUAUACAACAUCAACAAAACCAACUACAAAAAUUACAUCAACAACAAAAUUAACAACUAUUCCGUCAACAUAUCCAACUACAUUAAUGUCUUCAACAACACAAACUACAAAGACUACAUCAACAAUAACAGUUACAGUAACUACACCAACAACACAAGUUGUAACGCAAACACCAAAAAUUCCAAUCGUCAAUUAUUUAUUUCAAAUGUCUUCAGCUAUGAAUAUGUUAUCAUCAUUCACUAUUUUUGUUUUUUUUGUUUCAUUAGUUUUUUCUAAAUCACUAAAUAUUAGUGAUAAAAAUUUUAUUGAUUCUUCAAAUUUGAAGAAUAAUCUUACACCAGUAAUUUUAAAUGAUGAAUAUAAUCAUUUCAUAGAAAAAAGACAAAAUAAAUAUAAUAAUAGUGAAGGAAUACAAGUUAAUGGUAAUAUUGAAAAUUCAAACGAUACAUUCAAUCAAAUACAACAUGAUAUAAAUGAAAGUCAUAAAAUGUUAAAAACAAAAAUGUUUUAUUUAGAAAAAAUAUUAAUAAAUUAUUUACAAAGCAUUCAACGUCAAAUAUUAAAUUUAGAUACAGAAUUUUAUUACUUAGAAAAAAAAAUAAAAUCAAAAAAAUUAAGACCAUAUACAACACCUUGUCCUCCUAAACCUAUAUGUUCAUCUACAACUCCAAUUUCAAUGACUUCACCAACAACACCAGUUGUAACGCAAACACCAAAAGCUCCGUGCCAACAGACAACAACAAACUCAUCGAAAUUGGCAGAAACAACAACUAAAUGUAAUUGCAGUGGUUAA